AUGUCUUCUGAUCUCAAAAUCCUUAUCCUAGGUGCUUCCGGAUAUAUCGGAGGUACUUUGUUGGUCGAUCUUCUCAAAGAGUAUAAACCUAGCAGUAUCACCACCUUAGUUCGAGAGGAUACUAAGAAGUCUUUGCUUGAACCUUUGGGAGUCAACGUGGUAGUUGGCAAUGUCGAAGAUGCCACUUUCCUUCAAGGUUUAGCCUCUCAGUACGAUGUGAUUGUCAACUUUGCGGUCCCAUUUGCCGGAGGAGACGCGUCCAUCCAGGCUUUGGUCGAUGGACUCGAGCAAAGAGCUUCUUCUGGAGCUACUCAGGUCAAACCCGUCCUUCUACAAACUUCCGGUACUGGUUCAAUCAUGUAUGGCAGUAAUGGUGAGACUGGUACAGAUGUUUGGAAGGACUCUGAUCAUGAAAGGUGGGAAGCCCUGCCGGAUACGGCCUUCUUCCAUAGUGGCGAUAGGAUUAUCGCUAAAGCUGCCGCUCGAGGAAUUAUUUCAGCAUAUAUCGUCAUGUCACCCACGGUAUACGGUCAAGGCACUGGUCCAGGUAACAAGCUGUCCCUUCAAGUUCCCGCUUACGUCCGAUAUGCCAAACGAGCUGGCCAAGCAGCCUACAUUGGUAAAGGGGAGAACAUCUGGGGAAAUGUUCACGUUCAAGACCUUACCGAUCUCUAUGUCCUUCUGAUGAAACACUCGCUAUCCAAUCCUGAGUCUACUAAAGCUACAAGCGAGUCUCACGGAUGGUCCAAUCUUAUUUACGCCGGUCUUAAUCAACAUACUUGGGGGCCCAUCAUCAAGCUUGUGGGUGAUCAAUUGCACGCUAGAGGCGAUAUCCGUAGUCCAGGAGCUAAAAGCAUUGAAGAUGGACAAGGGGAUAUGUACAUGUUCGGUACCAAUUCUUUCAUGGAGGUCAGUGAGAAGGCGAAAGCUCUGGAAUGGAAGCAGAGGCAACCUAGUCUUGAAGAUGCGAUCAAGCUCGCUCUUCCUGUUCGUGAUUAG